UUGCUUGUUCAAAAUGCGCGUUUUAGGUGCAAAGACGGUCGCCGCUCAAUGUGACCCGGGCCGGGUCCGCCAUCCCGCCUGCGCGGUUCCGCACGGCUGCCUACGUCACCGUCGGCGGGAGGGGAUCUUAUCACUUGAACGUCACACUUUCACCUCCGGGCCGACCGACCAAAGUCAGCACAGCACCGAGAUUAAAGUUGAAAAUGGCCGAAGACAUUAAGAUGAAACUGGAGAACUACCGCACGGCUCCUUUCGAUGCCAGAUUCCCCAACCAGAACCAGACCAGGAACUGCUGGUCCAACUACCUUGACUACCACCGCUGCCAGAAAGCUUUGGACGCCAAAGGUGUGGACAAGGCCCCGUGCGAGUGGUACCGGAGGGUCUACAAGUCCCUGUGCCCCCUGUCCUGGGUCCAGAAGUGGGACGACCAGAGAGCCGAGGGGACGUUCCCGGGAAAAAUCUGAAGACCGCCCACAACUUCGGUCGGAGAACGAGCACUUUACGGACGCGCCAUGUGCAUUUUUUCCCCCCAAUCGCCGUGAAAAAUGUAUAACAGAGCCUUAAUAAAUGUAUCAUAAUGAUAUGAUAUACCCAUCUGA